GUAAAGACUAGUAAACUUAAGCGAAAGUGCAGCCGGUGGGCACGUUCACAGCUCGCAGCUGGAAGGCCACUGAAAUGACCGAUAAGAUGUGUCGCAUUACACUUUUCGAUAAGACAGCGACAGAAUCUCUUGCGCUCAAGCGCAGCUCUUCGUCCGCAUUUCGAAUGCGGUGUUGAAGAGUGCGAAUCAUGAAUGACGCACAUGACUUCAGCUUUGCGCCGUGCGUCGAACAGUUUCAGAAGACAGGCCUGGUAUCAAUACCUGACUUUCUAUCAGACAAUGAUGUCCAGCAGUUGAAGCAAGAGUGUGAAAAAAUAAUAGAUGGCAUUGAAGACAACAACGAGCAGCUAACUGUUUUCAGCACAAAAAAGCAUGAGGAAAGAAACACAUACUUCUUGGAGUCCGGUGACAAGAUUCGGGCCUUUUACGAAGAGGACGCAUUUGAUGAGCAGGGAAACCUGGUUGUAAGUAAAUCAAGGAGCAUAAACAAGAUUGGACAUGCUUUGCACUGGCUGAAUCCUGUUUUUAGACGCAUCUCCUUCAGCUCCAAAGUGAAGGCACUGGUCAAAGAAAUCGGAUUCAAGGAUCCAUGCAUUGUUCAGAGCAUGUACAUUUUCAAGAACCCAGAAAUUGGAGGCGAAGUGACAGCGCACCAGGAUGCAACAUUCUUGUACACUGAGCCAAACAAGCUGAUUGGCCUCUGGUUCCCACUGGAAGAUGCCACACUGGAGAAUGGUUGCCUCUGGUAUAUUCCUGGAUCCCACAAAACUAUGAGCCUGUCAAGAAGGUUUGUUCGGAACCGUGACCCAGAUGGACCACUGCUAAAAAUGGUUGAGAUAUCUACCCAUGACUACAGCAAUGAAACAUUUGUGCCUGUCCCAGUGUUCAAAGGUUCAUGCGUAGUCAUCCAUGGCAACGUCGUACACAAGAGUGAAAGAAACUGUUCUCUUUUCCCUCGGCCAGCCUAUACGUUCCACAUUAUUGACAGAGAUGGAGCCGAGUACAGCCCAGAAAACUGGUUACAGCCAAGUGAAGAGCUUCCUUUUCCAUCACUUUAUGAAAACUCCUAAGCAUGAAGAGUGGAACAAGCAUGUGCCAGUUUAUACCACACCUGCACAACACACUCUGGUGGAAUCAAACAUAUAGUAGUAAACAGGCACCUCACGAAAUACUUUGCCUUGCAUAUCACAUAUUGCAUUUUCUGCUUUUACAUUUCAUUAUACAUGGCCUUUUUGAUGGCUACUCCACAUGACUGUCUGGGUAGAAGCUUACUACCUAACAUCCUUACUGUCAAUCAGAAUAGGCUGUCUUUCUUAUGCACAUAUAACUUUUUGUUGAAAGCAUUUUCUUGCACCAAUGCUAGCAAAGCAAGGUGCAUAUGUUGCACUAACAUUGUGUAGACAGGCUAACCUACAUAUCCUGCAGUAUUGACUAACUACAAGCCAGCUACACCUUGAACAUAAAAAAAAAAAGACACCUCUACUCAUAAUGUCAAUAGUGGCCAUUACCAGCAUUUACCAAGUGGCCAAGUUGCACUUCGCUUUUAUGCUGCAGUUGUCCUUUUAAAGCUGUACAAUGUAACUUUGCCAUAGCUAAUUCUAUAUUCAGAGGAUCCAAGAAGUAUUGUGUAUGCUUCUUCUUUGUAAUAAACAGAGCAUUUAUUUUUUGGC